AUGGCGGAUGAUGCGCAGCAUGAGCACACUUUUGAAAGCGUCAGUGCCGGUGCCUCUGACACCACCCCUACACAAUGCUCAGCAUUGAGAAAGAACGGUUAUGUUUGUAUGGGUAAAGAGGAUCGUCCUUGCAAAAUUGUCGAGAUGUCUACUUCCAAGACGGGAAAACACGGUCACGCAAAGGUCCAUUUGACCGGUAUUGACAUCUUCACUGGCAAGAAGUACGAUGAACUAUCUCCAUCUACCCACCCCAUGAAGGUUCCAGAGGUCACCCGGAAGGAAUAUACACUGCUUGAUAUUUCUAGAGAUAACUUCCUUUCUCUCAUGGAUGAAGCUGGCAACACGAAGGAUGAUAUCGAGCUCAAAGAUGGUGAAGUCAAAGACAAGAUCACAAAGCUUUUCAUCGACCAGGGCAAAGAUACUAACGUUGUCAUCUUGACCUCUAUGGGCAUGCAGGUUGCCACAGAGGCCAAAGAGGCUCCCCAGGGGCUGAAAUAUGUUUCUGAAGCACAGCUCUUGGUCAUCUCAAAAGCAGGUCUGGAGCCGGAGGGCCAAAUCGUUGGUGAGGAUGAAGCCGACUGGGGUACCCAAGGCAGGAUUGUACGGAAGAAGGUAGAGCGAAUCAGGGAGAAGACACAAAAAGUUUACAGGGGUCCACGAGCGUUCCGCCUGUUCGUUCAGGCAUACCAAUUCAUCUUGUGGAAGCAAUGCUACAUUCUGAUUCAUGAAAAGGAUUUACCACCAGAGCUAUGGACGAUUAUCAGAGACUUGUGGACGCUCAGGCUGUCAAAGCUACUCCACAGGCUAGAGUCACCAGAUCGAGUUGGUUCUGAAAGCCAAAUACUUUCCUCCGGUGAGGAAAGAGACGAAGACCAUACUAGGAGGGUGUCGAAGAGAGUUAUUGGUUCUCCAAAGCUCAUUGAGACUCUAGCGUUAUGCUAUAUGGGCAUUUUGUUACUGCGUCUGCCUGUUAGGCUUCAGGAUCUCUACCGAUGGGCUAAAGAAGAGCAUAUUCUUUACAUCCGAGCGAUUCGAGGAGUUCCCAUCGAUAUACAGGAGAAGCUUCCAGGAGAAUAUCACAAAGCCCUUGAUACAACAGUAAUGCUCCAGCCGCAGGACUUGCACGGUGCAGUCUCAGACCUAGGAAACUUGUAUUACCGAGCGUUCGGGUUACUUCUACCACCACUGAACUACGAAAUAUUACUUUACAGAUAUAUUACCUAUCUCGCUCUUCCACUCGAGAUCUUUCCAGCAGUUCAGGGAUUGGCACAACUAACUCGCUCAGACUUUCGCUACUCAAUUACAAAAGAGAUUCGAAGAGAGCAAGGCUCAGCUUUUCCGGAAGUAGAGUUAAUGUCACUGCUCGUGGUUGCGGUCAAGCUCUUCUACCCAGUUGAUGACGCACAACGUCGCCCCCAAUCCCUUCACGAGCCUGCGACUCAUCAGAUGGAUUGGAUAUCCUGGAAGCGACGUCGGCAAGAUCUGGCAAAAGAACCUCCGGGGACUCGUCUGGUAUGGGGAAGCGAGAUUGACGUUCGCGAUACAGACGUCUUCAAAAUGAGCCAGCAAGAGUUGGACUCAUAUAUGAAUUGGUAUCAGAAGACAUGGGUCAAGGAACCCCGACCAGGUUUGGAAGACAGUGUGAACAAGGACAUCCUGGACAUGUUCUCGCUCCAUAGUCUGGAGCCGUCUGGCAAGCUGAGAUCAAUGCAAUGUGAGCAUGAGCUGGAGGAAGCUGCCAUACAUAGAGCUCUUUCUACAACACACUCCCUCGAGUUCCAGAGACCCAUAACAGAUGACGAAAUAGGCGACCAAGAAGCGAACAUCAAGCGUCCUGGAGAGGAGUACAAGUCGUACAGGUCAGAAGAGGAGCUACCAGAUGUUGUGAAGGUUUUCUUCAGAGCGGCUGCUGAAACCGCUUGCACGUCGGUCAAGAACCUUAUCUUGGCAGUGCUACAGGCAGAGGCAAAGAUGACAACCUGGAAAAGAGCCAAGCGAAGAGCAGAGGUCACAGGACAUGAGUUUGAUCUGGAUGCAGAAAUGCGCGGCCGAGCUGCUAGCAGAAUGGAGAUGCACGUGCCGCAGGAAAUGGAAGCCACAAACAUCAGAAGCAAUCUGGUCCAAAGAGAGGAAAGCGAAGAGAACAGUGAUGUAGAUAUGCAAAUGAUCUCGUCAUAG